AUGAAAUUGAGAAGAUUAUUUGAGUACAUUGAAGGUGCAAAUCUGAACUUCUCUAGGAUCUCAAUGACAGUGCCUGUCCUGACAAGCAUUGUCCCAGAAGCUGGACCUCUUCACUCAUCAGCCUACUUUGUUCUACUCUAUUUACCUGCGAAGUCCCAAGUCAUUCCUCCGCUUCCUCUACCUGAACUAAACCUUAAACCGGAUCCAUGGACUACUCGCUGCAUUGCUGUCAGGAAGUUCUCAGGAUUUGCAAGAGAUGCAAAUAUUGUGAAAGAGGCAGAGAGACUGGCCAUCAGCCUUGGCAGAUCUCCAUGGGCGAACCGUACUUCUUCCAAGCGUGAAUAUGCUUACUCCAUUGCACAGUACAAUUCUCCCUUUCGGUUCAUCGGCCGUGUAAAUGAAGUCUGGGUGGAUGUUGGUGGAUCCGAAUUGGAUGACUGCGGAUUAAAUCCAAUAGCUACAUACUGAACUUCUGCAGCAAGUGCACCCAUUGUAGUAAAUAUCCUGUUUCAUGUAUUGUAUAAAGGAGCUAAUAGAACAUCGUGUCUGUUAAUAUUAUGAAUAAUAAGUUAUACAUACAGCCAUGUUCUCUUUCGGAAUGAAAUUGAAUCAGCAAGAUAAUUUGUAUUUCAUUAAGAUGCAAGACAAUCCACAUUUACAGGCUAG